UAAAUGAUUGUGGCUUAACAGACAAAAGCUGUCCAGCUCUGGCUUCAGUUCUUGGAUCAGAUACCAAUCUGAAAGAGCUGAACAUGAACAAUAAUAAUCUGCAGGAUUCAGGAGUGAAGCUACUCUGCACUGGCCUGGAGAAUAUAAACUGCAAAUUAGAGAUACUGAGUCUGAAGAACAACUGUAUCACAGAAGGAGGUUGUCAUGUUCUGGCUGCAGCUCUAAAUUCAAACCCUUCAAAUCUGACAGAGCUGGAUCUGAGUGAGAAUAAACUAGGAAACCCAGGAAUGAAGAUCAUCUUGACUCUGUUUGAAAAUGGACAGUGUAGACUGGAAAAGCUGAGUCUGAAGAACAACUGUAUCACAGAAGGAGGUUGUCAUGUUCUGGCUGCAGCUCUAAAUUCAAACCCUUCACGUCUGACAGAGCUGGAUCUGAGUGAGAAUAAACUAGGAAACCCAGGGAUGAAGAUCAUCUUGACUCUGUUUGAAAAUGAACAGUGUAGACUGGAAAAGCUGAAGUAAGUAUUUUAAA